AUUAAACAUCCCAUCGUAUCCCAAACAACAUAUACAGCACUCAAAGAACAAAAAAAGCCAACCCCCGCUCAACCACCCCGACGGCCACUGGCACAUCAAUAUAAAAACUCAACCAAACCCACUACCAUCACCCAACAACCCACUAGAACCUUCCCAAUAACACCCCAACCCCAACCCCAGACCAAACCAAACCAAGCACCCACAACCAAAACGAAAAAUGGUAAGACUCCCCCAACGCUCCCGGGUAAUCAUCCCGCGGCGCCACCACCCGCACGAGCAGUACGUGUGGCUCAUCGACACCGAGGCGGGCCGCAACGACCCGACCUUCACCCCGAACUGGAACAUGUACAGGGACGAGCUGACGCGACAGUUCCGGCGGCUGCGCGAGAGCGACCCGCACCUCAAGCCGCUCAUCGGCGAGGUGCACGUCGGGCGCCGCGGCAAGAUCUACAAGGAGCUGCUGCCCUCGGGCGAGGCGCUGUGCGUGCAGUGGUUUCUGCUCGGGGGGCCGAAUGCGGACCGGGAGCAUGCGCGCACCAUGCAGCUGGUCGAGGAGCUUUGGGGGCCGGACGACGCGGACGACGUGGGCGCCGGUGCGGAGGCGGAGACGGUGGUUGAGCCGUUGGAUGUGCAGGGGCUGAGGAUCUCCGAGUAGAACUUUUGAGGUUUUGGGUUGAGAGGGGGGUUGUAGUUUCUUAUUCCA